CUCAGGGUGGCUGGCUGGUCUGCUUGCUUGCUUUGACAGCUUUACUGAGAUAUAAUUUUCAUACCAUUAGUCUGCGUGGCUUUUGUGAAGUACAUUUUAUUCUGAUUGUAAGAAAAUGCAAAUCACCCAUAAUCCCCAAACCCAGAGUUAACCACCAUUAUUAACACUUUGAUGAAGCCCGUUCUUUUUUCUGUGCAAGUUUAUAGCUUUUUUUUUUUUCCUUUUAAAGCAAAGAUGGGAUCAUACUGUAUACAAUUUUUUUUUUUUUGCUCUCUCCCUGAAUAAUUAUGAGGUUAUCUAGUUUAUUUCUUUUCUUCUUCAACUUGUUUAGUCAGAUGGCUCAAAUCUUUAUCGUAAAUGCUUCCAGAAAGAAAUUCUACAUCUGGGGUUGAAAAUUCGCAUGCCUGCAGCAGCCAAACAGAUUUGCUGACCAUGAGGGAAUAUCACUGCUUGCUGCAAUUACUGUGCCCGGAUUUCCCCCUGGAGCUCACUCAGAAGGCCGCCAGGAUCGUGCUCAUGGACGAUGCCAUGGACUGCUUGAUGUCUUUCUCAGACUUCCUUUUUGCCUUCCAGAUCCAGUUUUACUACUCAGAGUUCCUGGAGAGCGUGGCCGCCAUCUAUCAGGACCUGCUGUCGGGCAAGAACCCCAACACGGUGAUCGUGCCCACGUCGUCCAGUGGGCAGCACCGCCAGCGGCCUUCCGCGGGCGAGGCCAGCACGCUGGAGGGCGUGGAGGCCGCACUGUUCUACCAGUGCCUGGAGAACCUGUGUGACCGGCACAAGUACAGCUGCCCACCCCCGGCACUGGUCAAAGAGGUCCUCAGCAAUGUUCAGAGACUGACCUUCUACGGCUUCCUCGUGGCCCUCUCAAAGCAUCACGGGAUCAACCAAGCCCUAGGAGCCUUGCCCGACAAAGGGGACCUGAUGCACGACCCAGCCAUGGACGAGGAACUGGAGCGGCUGCUGGCGCAGAUCCCAGGCCUGGUCACCUCGGUCACUGCCGGUCCAGAGGCCAGCUGCCUGCCUCCCCGCACCCCUCCCCGGGUUGGCUCCCCCUGGAGACCCCUCCAUCUUGCCCGCAAAGUGGAUGCAGAGAGCGAUGGCUCCACUGAAGAGACAGAUGAGUCCGAGACUUGAGGAGUCCGAAGGGUGUUGUCUACAGUACAGGACCCAGCUCUGGGUCCAGUUCCCAGCUCCCCACCCACUCACGUUCCCACCCCUUCUCCAACCCCUGGGACUCCAGGCAUCUCCUCUCCCACCCGUGCCGAGCUGCCCUCUACUGGUGAAAAGGCCAAGUGACAGCCCCAGCCCAGAGACGCGCCAGAGAGGUUCUGAUGAUCAGCCAAGCUAAGCAGUGACCCUAGAAAGCCUACCUAAACAGCCUACUUUCUCCCGUCAGUCAGCUUUUCACCAGGCCCCAAGCUGAGGGCAGAUUGAGCUGAGGCCACGGGAAGGGUGACUUGGUUUUACCCUUCUGCUGACCAUCCCCAUCUCCUCACAGCAGUUCCAGGAACCAUGCAGGGCCUUGAUGGUCAAGGGUGACACCCAGCGAUGCAAGUAUUAGGAGGAUAUAGCCAUGGUAGCCUGCUAGAGGACUAGCCACUAACCAUAAGGUGGAGAAGGGUGGGAAAAAAGAAAUUUCACUUUCAGAAACCGCUUCAAGUCUCCUCUGUGUCUAACAGUUAAAUAUGUGAAAUGAAUAAAGUCCCUUGUGUCUGGUAA